AUGUUGUCAGCAACUAGAGGUGCUUUGAAGGCUCCACGUACGCACUCCAUCCGUGGAUUGGCUACUGCUGGUAUCACUAGAGACUCCCAGGUUAACCAAAACUUGUUGGAAUCUCAUUCGUUCAUCAACUAUAAAAAGAAUGUUGAAACCGUUGACAUUGUCAAGAAGAGAUUGAAUCGUCCAUUGACUUACGCUGAAAAGUUGUUGUACGCACACUUGGAUGAUCCUCAUGGACAAGACAUUGAGAGAGGUGUGUCUUACUUGAAGUUGAGACCUGACAGAGUUGCUUGUCAAGAUGCUACCGCUCAAAUGGCUAUUUUGCAAUUUAUGUCUGCUGGUAUGCCACAAGUUGCCACUCCAUCCACUGUUCACUGUGACCACUUGAUUCAAGCCCAAGUUGGUUCCAAGAAGGAUUUGGCUAGAGCCAUUGACUUGAACAAGGAGGUGUUUGACUUUUUGUCCUCUGCUUGUGCCAAGUACAACUUGGGUUUCUGGAAGCCUGGUUCGGGUAUUAUUCACCAAAUUGUGUUGGAGAACUAUGCAUUCCCCGGUGCUUUGUUGAUUGGUACUGACUCCCACACUCCUAACGCUGGUGGUUUGGGUCAAUUGGCCAUUGGUGUUGGUGGUGCUGAUGCCGUCGAUGUCAUGGCUGGUUUGCCAUGGGAAUUGAAGGCCCCUAAGAUCAUCGGUGUCAAGUUGACCGGUAAGAUGUCGGGUUGGACUUCUCCAAAGGAUAUCAUCUUGAAAUUGGCUGGUAUCACCACCGUCAAGGGUGGAACUGGUGCCAUUGUUGAGUACUUUGGUUCUGGUGUUGAGACCUUCUCCUGUACUGGUAUGGGUACCAUCUGUAAUAUGGGUGCUGAAAUCGGUGCUACCACCUCGGUGUUCCCAUUCAACAACUCUAUGGUUGACUACUUGAAUGCCACUGGUAGAUCUCAAAUUGCUGAAUUCGCUCAACUCUACAAGAAAGACUUCUUGUCUGCUGACGAAGGAUGUGAGUACGACCAAAUCAUCGAGAUUGAUUUGAACACCUUGGAGCCUCACGUCAACGGUCCAUUCACCCCUGACUUGGCUACUCCAAUCUCCAAGAUGAAGGAGACUGCUAAGGCCAACGACUGGCCAAUGGACGUCAAGGUCGGUUUGAUUGGUUCUUGUACCAACUCUUCCUACGAGGACAUGUCUAGAGCUGCUUCCAUCAUUAAGGAUGCUGCUGAGCAUGGAUUGAAGGCUAAGACCAUCUACACUGUCUCUCCUGGUUCUGAGCAAGUUAGAGCCACCAUCGAGAGAGAUGGUCAAUUGAAGACUUUCGAAGAUUUUGGUGGUAUCGUCAUGGCUAACGCUUGUGGUCCUUGUAUCGGUCAAUGGGACAGACAGGACAUCAAGAAGGGUGACAAGAACACUAUUGUUUCUUCUUUCAACAGAAACUUCACCUCCAGAAAUGACGGUAACCCAGCUACCCAUGCUUUCGUUUCUUCUCCAGAAAUGGUUACUGCAUACGCUAUCGCUGGUGACUUGGGUUUCAACCCAAUCACUGACACCUUGGUUGGUGCUGAUGGUAAGGAGUUCAAGUUGAAGGAGCCAACUGGUGUCGGUUUGCCUCCAAACGGUUACGACAAGGGUGAGAACACCUACCAAGCUCCUCCAGCUGACAGAAGUCAAGUCACUGUUGAGAUUGCCCCAACCUCUGACAGAUUGCAAAAGUUGUCUCCAUUCAAGCCAUGGAACGGUAAGGACGCCGUUGGUUUGCCAAUUUUGAUUAAGGCUUUGGGUAAGACUACCACCGAUCACAUCUCUAUGGCCGGUCCUUGGUUGAAAUACAGAGGUCACUUGGAAAACAUUUCCAACAACUACAUGAUUGGUGCCACUAAUGCCGAGAACGGUGAGGCUAACAACCUUAAGAACCGUUUCACUGGUGAAUACAAGGGUGUUCCAGAGGUCGCUGCUGAGUACAGAGACGCUGGUAAGCCAUGGGUUGUCAUUGGUGACGAAAACUUUGGUGAGGGUUCUUCUAGAGAACACGCCGCUUUGGAGCCAAGAUUCUUGGGUGGUUUCGCUAUCAUUACCAAGUCGUUCGCUCGUAUUCACGAAACUAACUUGAAGAAACAAGGUAUGUUGCCAUUGAACUUCAAGAACGUGGCUGACUACGACAGAAUCAACCCUGAGGACACUGUUGAUAUCCUUGGAUUGACUGAGUUAGCCCCAGGUAAGAACCUUAUCUUGAGAGUCCACCCUCAAGAUGGUGGUGAGCCAUGGGAGUGUGAGUUGACCCACACUUACAACGCUGAACAAAUUGAGUGGUUCAAGUACGGAUCUGCUUUGAACAAGAUGGCAGCCAAUUAA